UACAGUAAUAUAGCACAUCCCGAUUUUAAAACAUAUAGUCUGGUUUCUUCGUUGUUACAAAGCACAUUGAAUAUGGUUCAACAAAAUUCAAGUGUAUCUCUGCCAACAGGGCAACAAAUGCCUAUUUUAGGAUUUGGGACAUGGAACGCAAGCGGAGAAGAGCUAGAAGCAACUCUGGAUACAGCUUUACAAGCGGGAUAUAGACACAUCGAUACCGCUACUGUAUACGAAAAUGAGCAAAUCAUUGGUAAUUGUUUAAAAAAAUGGUUGGAUUCUGGCAGGAUCAAGCGAUCCGAUUUGUUUAUCGUGACUAAGGUACCGCCCUCCGGUAAUAGACCCGCAGAUAUAGAAAAGUGGCUGAAGAGAUCACUUUCUAACUUGCAUUUGAGCUAUUUGGAUUUAUAUUUGGUACACACUCCCUUUGCAUAUCAAAAUGCUGGAGAAGAGUUAUUUCAUCCUUUUAAUGAAAAAGGAGAAAUAAUGAUUGAUGCUGAUACGGAUCAUCUACAAAUUUGGACAGCAAUGGAGAAUCAAGUUUUGGAAGGACGUACGAAAGCGAUUGGUUUAUCCAAUUUUAAUAUUGUUCAAAUCAAAAGAAUUUUAGACAAUGCUAAAUUGCCUGUCUCAAAUUUGCAGAUCGAAUUGCAUGUUUAUUUUCAACAGAAUGAACUGGUGAAGUUUUGUCAGGAUAACGACAUCAGUGUAACGGCGUACUCUCCUUUGGGUUCACGUGGAUUUGUCCAGAAAAUAGGAAAAGGAGACGUUGUGCCGGACUCAUUAAAAAACGUAACUGUGUUAGAAAUCGCUCAAAAAUAUGACAAAACGCCGGCACAAAUAGCACUUAAGCACAUAAUCCAAAAAGGUAUAGCGACAAUACCGAAAAGCAUUAAUCGUCUAAGAAUUAAACAGAACAUAGAGUUAUUCGAUUGGGAACUCGAAGUUGAAGAUGUCGACAAGUUAAAUGCUCUGGAUAUGGGAGAAUCUGCACGCGUAUGUGACUUCAGUUUUUUUAAAGGCCUAUCAAAGCAUCCAGAAUUUCCUUUCUAA